AUGGCCUGUACUGUCCGCGCUGACGAUUUGCAGAGCACUGAUCCCUCGUCAGAGAAGAGGGUCACUCAGUACAGAACCAGCAACUCCAGUCAUCGAGGCGACCCAAAAUUAUUAAAUAUAGCUAUGAGGCUGCCGUUCGAGGAUGAAAUUUACCUUGGUGGCAACGAAUGGCAAGCAUCUGCUAAUGAUGAGCAUCCUUUCACCAACCUCAUACGGGAAGCCAUCAAAAAGCAUCGCAUCCAAUCUCUAGAACACCAUGCUAGGAACAUUGACGUAAAUCAAUCCAACUCCAAACGGAAUCCAAGAAAGGAACAAACUCUCACUCCGCAGUUCAAGAUGGAGGUUGGCUUUCACCAUUGGUGUCGUGGCCCCAUUACGCGACUAUGCGGUCCGGAAUCUCAGAAAACCUCGCGCAAUAGCCCUCGCUUCAUGACCGAUAACAUCGUAGUUUACGAGGAAGGAGUUGCAUUCCCCCUUGCAGAAUUCUUGGAGCUGCAAUUUCCGAUUCUUGAUGAACUACCGCUACCCAGCUCCGAAAUGUAUAAGUGGUGGUGCAAGAACGGUAAAACUUUCAAUUGGGAAGCACUACCUACAGAGCUCAAAGAGAAUAUCGUUAGCCACUGUUUUCGCGAUACGCCUUUUACAAGCAUAAGGCCACCCCCAAGACGAUACCUGAAGAAGACAACGCCGCAACCCUACGAAGUCACUGAUCACUUUGACAACGCCUCAUCACUCCUCUGUGUCUCUCACCAAGUUCGGUACAUUGCACUUCGAGUUUGUCUACAGGGAAUCAAGGGACAUCCCGUUUGCCAAGGCUUGUCUGUCGGGGUUGUCGGUGGUGGUCCGUUGGACAAGUGCAUCAGACGCUUAGGGAACUUUCACCAGAUGUUACACCCCGAGGGAGUUCCGGUGGACGAAAAGACCGCAGAGCUCGCCAUGCUAUACAAGCAAUACCCGAGAAUCUAUCCGCAGCUCAGCCAAUACGCUACCUUUGCUCAUGGUAUCCGUAGAGUUUGCAUGCGUAUGGACUUCCAUUCCUACUUCAGUUUCUUCAAGCUCACUAGUCAUGGUCUAAGGGACCACUGGUCACGCUUCAACUCUGGCUACGAGAUGCUUGAACAAUUGCCUGCUUUGGAAGUCGUCGUACUCGAACUACCUGAGCCUGAGGGAACCAGCUCGCGUUACCGACCUUCACGCAUGAUGCCACCUCUGUUUUACCGCGACCACGAAUGCCCACGCACCCUGCACCGGUUGAUAUACGAAAAAGCAGCCGAAGUUUUGGCCCUCUAUCCCGUCGUCGCGGUGUUCGGCUUCAUCGAUGAGCUCGAGAAGGAGCGUUUCUAUUCGUUGCGCAGGGCUGCCAUUGAAGGCCUCAAAUUCACCAGCGACGAACUGGCUGACUUGUACAAAGAUGAUGGAGGUGGCAUCGAACUCGAAGAAAUUGUCAAUCCCGGUUUGCUACCUCACGAGAUUGAGGAAUGCCGUGAAGGGACUCGGAAUGGCCUCAUGAGCCGUGAAGAUCUUGCUUUCUGGCCACCGAAGUGCAGGUGCACCGUUCCAUGCUCCAAAGUCUUGCACCCAGAUGAUUAA